AUGAAACUGCUCUGGACUCUAGUAGGGCUUUUUGUGGUCUGUGUGGUGUGUCAGAAUGCUACACAACAGGAGGAACUGGCUCGUGCCUUGGCGCUGUUGCAAACGAUGCCAGAGUGCUCGAAAGCCUGUCUCCUAGAGGCCGUGGCCGCGGCAGGAAUCUCUGGAGCAAACCUUGAUAUUGCGUCCAGUUGUAGUGAUACGACAGCUACUGCGAGCAUUAAAGCAUGUGCACGAUCGAGCUGCACGAUCCGCGAACAACUGACAUCGAAGAAUAUCACAGAGACGCUAUGUCAACGACCUACGCGAGAGGCUCCAACGAUAUCUGUUGCCAGUAUAGUCGGCGGCGCGUUAGCGCUUGUGUGUUACAUUCUGCGCAUGCUCUCCAAGAUAUCGUUCCCUUGUGAAAGAGGGGCUCGUAUCGAUGCCGACCUUUGGUGGGAUGAUGCCACGAUAAGCUUUGCUAUACUGCUCAUUAUACCCAUUACCGUUCUGUCGAACAUUUUGGCAGGACUGGGCGUGGGUAGGGACGUGUGGACGGUGCCUUUCGAAAACCUGACUGAAAUCUUGAGGGUCUACUACGCCGAUGAGAUCAUGUACCUUGCAGCAUUGCCGGUCAUCAAGAUCGCCAUCCUAUGCACUUACCUGCGGAUCUUCCAGCAGAAGGCUUUUCGACAGCUUGUCUAUGGUGCUCUCGCACUCAAUGUUGCAUAUGCCAUCACCUUCAUCCUGAUCACUGUCUUCCAAUGCACGCCGGUUCGACUAGCAUGGACACACUGGGACCAAGCACACGAAGGAAGAUGCAACAACAUAAACGCCCAAUCUUGGGCCUCAGCCGCAUUCAACAUCAUCCUCGAUGUGAUUGUAGUCGGCCUCCCCAUGCCAAUGCUGUGGAGCAUGAAUCUAAAUACCCGCAAGAAGGUGUUGGUCAUGCUCAUGUUUGGUGAGAACUCGAAUGUCUUUGUGACGAGACUGCCCUGUGCUAACACCAUUUCUCUCCAAGGGGUCGGCUUCUUCGUCACAUUUGUCAGUAUCUUGCGACUACGUCUGCUUGUCAGAUUUGGUGACUCGCAAAAUCUCACUUAUGACUACAAGCAAGUUGGAUAUUGGACGAUCAUUGAGCUCGAUACAGCCCUUUGCUGCGCCUGCAUGCCUGGGAUUCGCAAUCUUGUGCGCAAAGCAUUCCCAAAAUUAAUGGGUCAGUCCAUGGGAGCCUCAAGCCGCGCUGUUACGCCAGGACUGUCAGGGCUGUCCGGGCGUACCGCAGUCGGCAGUGCUCUGGAUAAAGUAAAAAGCGUUGACGUCUUUGUUCGUCCUAGGCACAGCGACGAUGGCCACUUCAUUCCGCUCCAGAAUGUCAGCAGCCAGAACCUCAGCCAUGAGCCUGAGGAUGCCUACAGUACCCACGAAGCAGCCGACUGCACCAUCAACCCCAACCACCAUACCAGAAACUUCUCGCACCCGAGCUCGCCACCGCAGUCUGCGUGGAGGCCACUUUCACCAGUCUAA